AUGAAUAUCUUCCGUUUAACAGGUGAUAUCGCCCAUCUGACUGCGAUCAUCAUUCUGCUUCUUAAAAUCUGGAAAACACGAUCCUGCUCCGGUGUUUCCGGCAAGUCGCAAAUCCUCUUUUCCCUCGUGUACAUUACACGCUACCUAGACCUCUUUACCAACUUUGUUUCACUCUACAACACCUUCAUGAAGAUCAUCUUUAUGGCCUCGUCUCUGGGCACGGUGUACCUCAUCUACCACAAGUUUAAGGUUACCUACGAUCGCCAGGCUGACACCUUCCGCAUGGAGUUCCUCAUCAUCCCGGCUGCUAUUCUCUCCCUUCUGAUUCGCCAUGAGUUCACCGUCAUGGAGGUUUUGUGGACCUUUUCAAUUUACCUCGAAGCAGUGGCCAUCCUGCCGCAGCUUUUUAUGGUUUCCAAGACCGGCGAGGCUGAGACAAUCACCGCUCACUACCUGUUCGCCCUUGGCUCCUACCGCGGCCUGUACCUGCUGAACUGGAUCUGGCGCUACUACUCUGAAAGCUUCAUCGACUGGAUCGCCAUCAUUGCCGGUGUCGUGCAAACCGUACUCUACUGUGACUUUUUCUACCUUUACGUAACUCGAGUGCUCCACGGCCGCAGAUUGAGGCUCCCCGCCUAA